CGGAGACGGCUAUUUAGCUACUAUAGCCGCAGUCUUCGAAGUCGGAAGUGCCGUGACAAAUCCUAAGGACAAACGAGGCAUCACAGGGAGACCUCUCGAAAGACCAUGAGGGUUAUACACAUCUAUCUCUUGUGCUUCCAAACGUCAUGUGUCGUGAUUGACAGGCUUCUUUUACAACGCCAAUCGCAAGAUCAAGAUCGUCUAGCCGUUGCCUUGCACUACUGCCACGUAGUACAAGUGUCCUCGUCCGGGGCGCGUACGAAGAGGUCUUCGUAUGAUCUAGAUGUGAAAAUUAUACCAAUUGUAGCUGCAGAUACCCUACCCCAAACCCUUUGAUCGACUGCUUCGCCACGGGCACUAUAUUCAAUUACCUUGAUUACCUACACAAGAGCUGUGUACCUAAUGCAUCCUCCUUCUUUUUCUUGCCU